GUGAAAUGCCAGUGCCGUCGCGAACGAAAAUUCCAUUGACCGCCGUCAACACCAUCAAUCUGGUUUCCCAAACCGAAGAACUCAUCAUACAUACAUCUUCCGCUCUUUGUUGUGGUCGGGGAGUCUGGCGCCUGGGCAUUGUCGAGUCUGGUUGAUCUUCAGUUCAUCACCCUUCUUGUUUCCCAGAGAGCUUCUCUUUUCAACCCUGUCCUCCACCUGAGGCUUUCUCUCUUCCCUCGCAAUCGUCAACCACCAGGAUGGAUUUCUUCAGGAAUCUGAUGGCCUCUCCUCCGCCUGCACCUCCUCCAGAGCCUACGAUCCUCGUGACCAAACCGAUCCAUCCCUAUUAUCCCACAGAGAUUGACAUUGUCAACUUCGCCGCCAACGAAAUGACCGUGCCGCAGUUACUGGCCACCUUUGCGACUGGCUGUACCAUCAUCCUCUCUCUCACAUGGUUUCUUAUGUCGAGUCUUGCACCACGUCUCAGAGUCAGGGAUAAGGCCAUUGCGCUGUGGUUUUGCUUGUGCGGCUUCAUUCACUUGUUCUUCGAAGGCUACUUUGCCUACAAUCACACUCGCAUGGGCGGUCUCCAAGAUAUUUUUGGUCAACUGUGGAAGGAAUACUCAUUAUCAGAUUCGCGAUAUCUGACCUCGGAUCCCUUUGUCUUGUGCAUGGAGACCAUCACGGCAGUCUUCUGGGGCCCCCUUUCCUUCUUGAUGGUGUAUUUCAUCAUUGUCUCCCACCCUCUGCGUUAUCCACUCCAGGCAGUUGUUUCACUCGGACAGAUCUAUGGCGAUAUCCUCUACUACGCAACCUCGAUGUUCGAUCAUUACCACAGAAACCUGACCUAUUGCCGACCUGAGCCAUAUUAUUUCUGGUUCUACUAUUUCCUCAUGAAUAUCUUCUGGAUUGUCAUUCCAGGAAUUCUACUCGCUAGCAGCCUGAGAAUCACAGCCAAAGCUUUCAAGGCGCUUGACCGGAUGUCGCACUCGCUGCAAGGAAACGGCAGUGUGGCCAGACCGAAAGCCAACGGCCACAUCAAACAUGCAUGAUGGGUGCGACCAAAAAACGGUGGUGUCUAAUAAUCGUCGUCGAACGGGCCGCAGUGAAAGGCUCGUCGGUCUCUCACAGACCUGCAUCUGGCUCCAAGAAUUGGUUGCAUUCGCAAGUACUGGUCUGGACUGCAAUGGCCUUGAUCGUAAGCGAGGUAUAACUCAAGAGGAGCUGCGCGGUAGCUUACAGUGCCGGGCGAUCUGCACAAUAGAUAAUGAUUAAUCCUUCUGUUUCGA